AUGACCAGCCAGUCUCAGGGGAUCCAACAGCUCCUGCAGGCAGAGAAAAGAGCCAAGGACAAGCUAGAAGAGGCAAAGAAGAGAAAAGGAAAGCGACUGAGGCAAGCUAAGGAGGAAGCCGUGGCGGAGACGGACCAGUACAGAAUGCAGAGGGAGAAGGACUUCCACCUGAAGCAGUCUAAGAUAAUGGGCUCUCAGAGCCACCUCUCGGAUGAAAUGGAAGAGCAAACACUAGAGAAAAUCAAAGAAUUGAACGGAAGCUACAACAAGUAUAUGGAAAGUGUGAUUAAGCAGCUGUUGAGCAUGGUGUGCGACAUGAAACCAGAAGUCCAUGUGAACUACAGAGCCACCAACUGAAUGUGCGCCACACUUCCAAGUCCAUAGAGAUAGAGUUCUGUUAAUAUUAAGGGACUGCCACUGUGCACCUGAAGUCUACUAUAAACUUCCAUGUCACGCAUUUCAUGUAUGGCACA